AUGCAUUCGACUCUCAAGAGGCGAGCCUCUGCCGCGACAUUGAAUGCUGCUGACAAUCCUGCUGGCGUCAAGACGCGGAGGGCUGGUUCCGAAGCGUAUCCAGACUCGGCGGUGCAGCAUUUUCUGCGUCGUGCGCUUGAGCAGCUCACCUCUGACGAGCUUCUGAACCUCGAGGCGCAUGUGUGCGGUUCCAAAUUUGCCAGUGCUUGUUCAGGCGCAGGAACGGCCGAACUGGCUCACCAUGCUCUUUGUGCCAUGAUCGGCUCUCGGAGUCGAUGCCUUUUCGUUUGCGAGAUUGUGCCAGCGAAGAGAGAACAUUUGAUUGAGAACGUGAUCGCGGGCAUCGGUUGCAGUGAGUGCUGCGUGUUUGAAGACGUCUGCGACUUGCGCAUGCCCAGCGCCAAGUGCGCGGCGCGCGGCAAUUGCUUCGUGCAGUCGCCGUUCAUGUUCCUCAUGGGGUAUUAUUGCAAAGAUUUGUCGAAGAGAAAAUCCCAAAAGUUGGGUCGUGUACUCUCAGAGGUAAAAGGUAUUAGUGGAAGCGCGGUCGCUGGUCUCUUACAAUUUGUCAGUCGCCACAGACCGCCCGUGAUUAUACCCGAGUGCGUGGGGGAAAUGGGCAAGCCAGAAGACCAAUCUACCAGCGUGAAAUACCUCCAUGCCGUCUUCAGGUCCCUUCGGUAUGAAAUCAAAAACUCGUUAUUGUGGGCAUCUGACUACGGUUUGCCUCGGCGCCGACAGCGGGCAUGGACCGUCGCCGUCAAUUGCUUGCACUUCGAGUGGACCCCGAUCGAAGCCAUCGGCGCUCUCGGGCGCAUCUUCGAGGUCGUCUUCCGUUUGAAGGUCGAGCAGCCGCCCGAGCUCGAGGACUCGCGCCCCGACCCCGAGAGCCAAUCCCAUUGGUUCUACUUGUUGCCGCAGCGGGAGAAAGAGUGCUUGGCGUACGCCCACGCGGUCCGACCUGAUUUGAACGCAUGCGGUUUAUCGCAGCAGAUGAGCAGGCUGCCGAUCAACGACAAGAAGCAUUUCAUCCAUGCGUUGACUCCGAAUGCCAAGACGCGGAUCGAUUGCGAGGUCCAGAAUACUCGGUCUUGCAGGCUGUUGACUGAUAUGGAGGCGCUGCUGCUGCAAGGCUUCCCUCGCAUCGCGUACAACAGAGAGGUUUCCCACCCGUUGAAGAAUGAUUUCGCUGGGAACGCGUUCAGUUCUAUGUGCGCCCUCGCUUUGAUCAUCGCCUGCUACUCGAAGCUGCCGAAAUUUUCUGGGAGCCAGCUCGAAGACGCAUCCGAUAACGUGUCCGAUAUCGUAGUGGUGGCGAAGUCCUGGGAGCUCCUGAAGGUCUCCGUGCACUGCACCUGCACGACCCUCUCAAACGUGAGCGCCCAGCGGAUCCAGGCUGUGGUCAAGAUGGCCUGCAGCGCUUUUUGCCUCUACGGCCUGGGUGUGGCGUGUCCGAGGCUGAGUACGUCAAGCCGCCUCCUCGGCCUCGUGCGGGCGCCCUGGUUCAUGAUUGGACUUGGGCCGCCUCUUUCUGGCAAUGCCGAUUUCGCCUCCAGGGUAAGCGCGGCGUCGAUCGCCCGCCGCCAGGGCGGGGGGCAGAUCCUGCGGAUGUCGGCCGCGUACGCGGCCCUCUUCGGCGUGCCCGUCUCGGGUCGGGCGAACGGGGGCGGCCCAGAGCUCCGAGCUGGCUUCGGCCCCGCCGCCGGGCGCUGUCGGGAGCCCCACCUGCACGAGCCGAUGCGCUCGGCCCCUCGGUCGUCCGACCCGACCGUCUGCAUCUCGAGCAUCCGAGCCGGGCGCAGGCGGCCCGGGCUCGCCGCCCAGCACCUCGAGUCCCUGCGCCUCGUGCGCGAGGUGUCGCGGGGGAGGCUGGCGGACGACCGCGCGGGAUCGCGCAGCGUGACGUUUUUCCCCGGGGACCUGGCUCCGGGCGACUUCGUGGCCGACCCCGGCACGGCGGGCUCCAUCACGCUGAUGGUGCAGGCGGCGCUGCCCCUGCUGCUUUUCGCGGGGGGCGCGAGCACUUGCGCGCUGCGCGGGGGCACGGACGUGGGCUUUAGCCCGCCCCUGGACUACGUGCAAAGGGUGCUGCGGCCCACCCUGGGGCGCAUGGGCGCCGGCUUCGAGCUGGAGUGCCAGGGGCGCGGCUUCUUCCCGAAGGGUGGCGGCAGCGCGCUCCUGAGGGUGCCCGGGUCUCCGGGUGCGCUGCGGCCCCUGGACGCGGCGGACGGGGGCCGGCCCCUGCGCCUCGACGCCGUGCUGCGCACCACGGCGCCGCCCGGCGCCGCCGCCGCCGAGGAGGCGCUCGCGGCGGUGCGCCAGGAGCUGGCCGGCCUGGCGCCCGAGGUCGGCGUCGCGCUCGCCCUGGAUGCGGGCCCGGGGCGCGCCGCGCUGUCUUGGCUGGACGCCGUGGUGGAGACCACCACCGGCUCGCUCUUCCCGGCGGCUCCAAGACGUGGCCUUGAGAAUGGUAUAGGGAACGAAACAUGGCAAAAACACAACAACUCGGAGGUCCGCGGGGAUUUCUCGGAUCCGCGCUGGGGCCCCCUGGCGGCGCCCUUGGCGCGCUCCGCGCGCCAGGGAGGGGGCUCGAGCGCCGGUUCAAGAAAUCCGUGCCGGCCUGCGAGUUUUGAUCUUCAUGCCACUGGUCGUUGCCCUAGCGUACGGUCGGUGUGCGUGUCGUGUCGGCUGGCGGGCGACCCCGCC